AUGCCAAGGCUAGAUCCCUCGAUGGUUGACAUUGGACACGGCAACAUUGAGGUGUAUCGUCUACACAAGCUUCAGUUUGACGAGGAUCUUCAGCGCAAUAGCCAGCAGCAAGGUCUACCUACUUGGCGCUUUGACAUGGAAGCCCUCGAGCACAUGUUUUGGGAGCUUGAGGAUCUGCGGGCCAAGCAUUCCGAGCUCGGACGCAAUUUCGACCAUGCCGUAGCCAAUCUGCUUUCCUACGGCAAAACUCAAAACACCAGCCCUGGGCACUUGUACGCAAAGUGUCUGCCCUGCUUUUACUCAGGCCUUGCCGAGCAGUCUGAUGAUGCUAGCGUGCAAGAAUUGCAAGCAGCCGCCGAGAGGCUGCAGCUGGAGGUCGAGAGGCUCACGGCCGAGGCAGCGGAGGUUCCGGCGUUGAAAGCGCAGAUUGUCAAUGCGGAGGCGCAGGCUGCGAGUGGCAUGGCCGAGCUUCAGCAGCAGGUUGAAAGGCUUCGGUCCGAAGCUUCGCAGGUGUCUGAUCUGCGGUCCAAGCUGGCCCAGCUCCAGGCAUCACCCGAAGAGCUCAAGGGUGCGGCCGCCGAGCCGCUGUGCUGCCUCUUCCCGUUUCCGGUUCCAUCAUCGCGGCUGCGCUGA